UCUCACUCAUAAAUAAGCAGCGCUGCGCAGGUUACCCAACUCGAAUGAAACGGCAACAAUACAAACAGAGAUUCACCAUCCUAUAGAGGGAGAAAGUAAAUCCAAAAAUAUGUGGAAAGAGAAACCUCUGAUCGCUCUCUGUCAAUCUAUGUGAACCGCAUAUACAUACAUACGUAUACGUAUACGAAUACAAAUACUAUAUUCAUUAUAUAUAUAUAUAUAUAUGCACAUAGCUAUACAUUGAUAUAGAGAGAAAUUUUCGAGUUUUUUGUUAAUGUACAACGGAUCUUGAAACCCUAAAACGGAGAAAUCUUCAAUAAACUGUUCAAGAAAGCGCUCAUUGGUCCACUUUUCAUAUUUCGGGGAAAUGAUCGCGAUUUCACUUCGCAUUUAAAUUUUGGUUUGGUGCAUUCGUAGGAGUUGGUGAAAUUAGUUAUUUGAACGUAUUGAGAAUUUUUUUCUGGUUCGGAUUGGAAAUUUCGGGAAAUUUAUUGAUUGAGAACAGAGUAAUAAUAGAGGAAUGGAUGAUAGAGGAGGAGAUGGUGGUGGAUCGUUUGUGGCCGUGAGGAGAAUUUCGCAAGGUCUUGAUCGAGGGAACACUUGCCAUUCUACCUCUGUGGAGGUUGUGGCAGGAUCGGCGGCAUGGCUAGGUAGAGGCCUUUCUUGUGUUUGCGCUCAGAGAAGAGAGAGUGAUGCUCGCCCAUCAUUUGAUUUGACCAUUUCGCAGGAGGAAUGCCUACAGAGGCUACAGAGUCGAAUGGAUGUUACCUAUGACAGUUCUCUUCCUGAACAUCAGGAAGCUCUUAGGACACUGUGGAAUGCAGCCUUUCCCGAGGAAGAACUCCAAGGUUUGAUAUCUGAGCAGUGGAAAGAAAUGGGUUGGCAGGGAAAAGAUCCAUCUACAGACUUCCGGGGCGGUGGUUUCAUAUCUCUAGAAAAUUUGUUAUACUUCGCCAGACAUUUCCCAAAAUCUUUUCAGGAUCUUCUUCGAAAGCAGGAAGGUGAUCGGGCCUUGUGGGAAUACCCUUUUGCCGUGGCUGGUGUCAACAUCACAUUUAUGCUAAUUCAGAUUCUUGAUCUUGAAGCAGUGAAGCCUAGAACGUUGGUAGGAGCAACCUUCUUGAAAUUUCUUGCAGAGAAUGAAUCAGCAUUUGACCUUCUAUAUUGUAUCGCAUUCAAGCUAAUGGAUCAUCAGUGGUUAGCCAUGCAUGCUUCCUACAUGGACUUCAAUACUGUGAUGAAAGCUACUCGUCGUCACCUGGAAACAGAGCUUCUGCAAGAAAACAUUACACGCCUUGAAGACUUGCCCUCAUACAGCCUUCUUAGUCGAUAGUACAAUAAUUGUAACAUUUUUGAAAGACCAAUGGCCUUUUUACGAUAGAUUUGCCAUCUAAUGGAUUGCUUCUACUUAAGUUCUGUCGUGGGUAUUGCUCGUUUUUAGUGCUUUAACUAGAUUGUUGCUGAGGCGAUGUUAUAGAGUUGUAGGCCAUUGUGCUUUGUUGCAAGUCUGGAUGAAAAUGAAAGAGUAUUUGAAUGACUUUAUUGCCAUGCUUUAA